AUUCACCGAGCAACUUAGUCCGCCCAACAGCGCGCAGUCUUAAUAUCCACGUAACCGAUACCGUCUCGCACAUCAACCACCAUGUCGUCGUUCUUCAAGGUUGCCCUGCCGGCUCUGGCCCUCGCAGGCUCUGCCUACGCAGCUGAGUGCACCGUCUCCGCGACCACCACCAUCCAGAACGCCGGCGAUGCCACCGCUCUUGCCUCGUGCUCGACCUUCUCUGGCAACAUCGCCAUUGCGACCGGCACCACUGACGACAUUGCCCUGAACGGCAUCAAGGAGCUGAACGGCAACCUGGUCGCCACCAACAACUCAAACAUGAAGCGUAUCAGCGCUGACAGCCUCGAGAAGAUCGACGGCUCGUUGAACCUGGACGGCCUGACCCGCCUUUACGCGGUCGACUUCCCCAAGCUCAAGACUGUCGAGACGAUCAAGUGGAACGCUCUCCCCAACCUCCAGACCAUUGGCUUUACCGCCGAGGUCACCCAGGCCGACAACAUCAACAUCCAGAACACUGCUCUCCGCUCCCUCGAGGGUAUCAACAUCGAGAAGGCCGAUACCAUCUUCAUUGCCAACAACGGCUACAUCAACGAGAUCAGCAUGCAGCUAGGUAACGUCUCUGACUCGCUGACCUUCGCCGACAACAACGAGAAGCUCGCCGUCACCCUGCCCAACCUUAUCUGGGCCACCAACUUGACCUUCCGUUUCAUCGGCUCUCUUGAGAUGCCUUCUCUCGAGACCCUCAACGGAUCUCUUGGUCUGUACAACAACGGUUUCGAAAGCUUUUCCGCUCCCAACCUGACUACCAUCGGUGAGGCUCUCGCCAUUGUCGCCAACGAGCAGGUAUCCAACAUCAGCUUUCCUCUGCUCACCAAGAUCACCGACAACCUGCAAAUCGCCAACAACACCAACCUUUCUACCAUCGACGGAUUCCCCAAGCUGAAGAGCAUUGGUGGUGCUUUCGAUAUCUCUGGAAACAUGAGCGAUGUCGAGACCCCCGAGCUUGACAGCGUCGUCGGUGCCUUCAACCUGCAGUCCACCGGCAACGUCACCGAGGCUUGCGCUUUCUACAAGCCCCUCAAGGACAAGAAGCUCAUUCAGGGCAAGUACUUCUGCCAGGGCAAGCUCGUCGACCCCGGCCAGGAGGGAAGCAAGCCUACCAGCCAGACUAGCAGCGACUCUAAAACCGGUGCCGCCACAAGCCUGAGCGCAGUCAACGGUGCUCUUGGUCUUGCUGCCAUGGCCGCUGUCUUCCUCCUCUAAACGGUAUCGGACGCUGGCGUUUCCAUUGUAUUUGCAUAGACUAAUCAUCCAUGAUCUGGCUUCCUUUGAUAGCGUAUGGCAUCUUCCGGACAAGCGCUCACGUUCGAGCUCAGCUUGACAAGGAUUGGAGUGGUUUGGGCGAAGGGUUAAUGGGCCCGUAUGCAUCAGUUGUAUGUAUCAAUUGGCUACUGGGGUCAAAUAUGGUAGACUUUCAAUCUGCAGUACACACUAGUCAGUUCUCUCCAGCCUCGUUGAGCGGAAUGGCACGAUGGGUUGCUUGAGAGAGUUGCACUUGCACAUUUGUUACACUCUUUUCAAUUUUGUGUAUAGGGUAUCUACGCUUUUCACCUCGUCGUAUAGGGCAAGCAGAAAUACACUCUUGGGUUGUCAAUAUUACUUGAUCAGAC